CAUGAACAAUAUUGCAAUCAGUCUGUCAAACAAAUACGUGAAUUCACGCCCUUUUGGCCUUCUCCUUGUGAGAAGCCCCUAAAAAUACUAAUGCACUUCUCAUCCAGCAUACAGGAAAACAACGACUCAGGCAAAUUCAUCCAAGGACUGAACACCAAAUACGAAACUUUCAUCAAAGUCAUCUGGCCCUGGCUUUCCCUCCUCUUCCUCCUUGCUCUUCUCAGCCUCUUGUUCCUCAUAUUCACAAUUCUAAACAGUAGUCGGGACAGAUCUCGGAUCUGGAAGAGCUCCAGUUUGGCGACUUUGAAAGAUCUUGAUGCGGCAGCUCACUUCGAUCUGGGUGAGUUGGAUCGUAUCUCGGAGCUUGACGGAAGGGCUGAGAAUAUCAUUGUUAUGUUGGAAUGUCAGGAAGACGGUGGAUGGAAGCUUGUCAAGACAAUCAAGCAGGGAUAGUAAGGGCGACCGCA